AUGGAUUCCAAUCUAAACGACACCGACCAAAUCGAAGCCCUCCUAAACAAAGAUAAUUUCAAAACUUGGCGCUUUAUAAUCUACAGAUGCACAUACCAAAACAACACCGACUGGGAUAAAUUCCUAACUCACUUCCUGAGCCCCGUCCCAGAAUCUCUAGAGUACUACAGCGGUCUAGAUCUCCUUGAAACAUUCGCCCCAACGGUGCUAGAAGACCCCUCCUUCGAAGGUGCGACGGCUGCCACUCUCCGCGAGCAUUUAGGCCAGUGGUCAAAGACUGCAAUGAAAGAGGAACAGGGCGUUAGUGAAAUCUACCGUGCACGGACUGGUCGAUACCGGUUUUUUAUCAUGAUGGAUCAGGAAGAUAUGCAGUCGGUUUUGAAUGCACCUGUGGAUCAAGAUGAGAUGGGGUUUGUUCGUAUGGUGUAUGCUGAGUGGGGACCCGAGGAGCUUGAGAAGGAGGAUAUUGUGAAUGGUGAUGUGGAUGACCCGGAGGAGCCACUUGAGGGGUGCACUGAGUAUGAUGUGGGUUGGAUGAAAUUGUAUUGGCAGGUUGCACAGUUGCCGGCCUUUCUUAAGUUGCGGGAUAGUGAUGACUGGCAGGCGUAUUAUACUCGUUCGCCGGAGAUUGGACAUAUUCUUUGA